AGGUAGGGGCAAUAAAGUCGAAUAAAACUAAAGCAGAGGGAGAGGGAGGGAGUUAGCGGUGCAUGAGAGAGCGAGCCAGAGUGAAGCCACUGCCUGGGGCUGCUGCGCUCUCCUUCCCCGGACCUUUCCCCCCCGUUUCUGCGCUGCUCACUUAUGGACAAUCUGCGCAGGAUCCGGCUUCUCCUUUUCCUGGCUUCAGUGCCUUUGUGCGGCGGGCAAGAUACUUCAGUGGAGAGCUGCUGCUCACGUGGAUAUGAAUGGGCAAGUCAAAAGAGAGACUGUAGUUCUCUGCCAUCGCAUCCUGAUUCCAAAGAAUGCAGCAUAGCUCAGGAACAAUGCUGCCUCAAUCAACUGGAGGAGCUGCAUUGCACAGCAGGAAUAGCGAUCGCCAGCAAGCAUGAAGACUGUGAUUCCGAUGAAGGCAAUACUACCUGUGAAGACAAAGUCAUUAAGAAAUGUUGUUAUUGCUGCUUUAUGGGGAAGGUGGCCCGAAAGCAAGGGAACAGCUGUGAGCAGAGCCUCCUGAUGGGAUACCAGUGUGGUUUGGUCUUCCGAGCUUGUUGUGUUGAGGGGCAAGAAAACUCUGACACAUUAACUGUUGAUGAUCCUAACAAAGAACUGGAUGCAGUAGGCCUAUCACCAGUGGAAGUUGAUAAUGAGGAUCUUUACCUUAAUGACCGCUGCAGAGGAGGAGGCCCUUGCACCCAGCAAUGUAGGGACUCCGGCUCCAGUGUUCUCUGCUCUUGCUUUAUGGGCUACCAGCUUCAGCCUGAUGGCUUCACUUGUGAAGAUAUGAAUGAAUGCCUCACCAACCCUUGCGCCAUUGGACAAAUUUGUAUCAAUACAGCAGGAUCUUUCCGCUGUCAGCGGGAGACCAGCUGUGGGACUGGUUAUGAACUGACGGAGAACAACCUUUGCAAAGAUAUUGACGAGUGUGAGACUGAUACUCAUAACUGCCUCCCCGAUUUUAUCUGUCAGAAUACUCCAGGAUCCUUCCGUUGCCGACCCAAGCAACAGUGCAGGAGUGGCUUUAUACAAGAUGCACUGGGCAACUGUAUUGAUAUCAAUGAAUGCUUGAGUGCGAACGCACCUUGUCCCGCUGGACAGACUUGCAUCAACACGGAUGGGUCUUACGCUUGCCAGAGGAAUGUGCCAAACUGUGGGCGAGGCUACCACCUAAACGAAGAAGGCACAAGAUGUGUAGAUGUGGACGAGUGUUUGCCACCGAAUCAGCCUUGCGGAGAGGGACACAUUUGUGCCAAUUCCCCUGGAAGCUACCGCUGUGAAUGCCGAGCAGGCUACUAUUUUGAGGCAAUCAGUAGAACCUGCGCUGAUAUUAAUGAAUGCCGACGAUACCCCGGUCACCUAUGUGCUCACAAAUGUGAAAACACGGCUGGCUCUUAUUACUGCAGCUGUACAAUGGGCUUCAAACUUUCAACGGAUGGGAGGUCAUGUGAAGACUUGAAUGAAUGUGAAAGUAAUCCCUGUAGCCAGGAGUGUGCUAAUGUAUAUGGCUCUUAUCAGUGCUACUGUCGUCGGGGCUACCAGCUGAGUGACAUAGAUGGCAUCACCUGUGAAGAUAUUGAUGAAUGUGCCUUGCCCACUGGAGGACAUAUCUGUGCCUAUCGAUGCAUUAAUGUUCCAGGGAGUUUUCAGUGUACUUGCCCUUCCUCUGGUUACAAAGUGGCCCCCAAUGCACGAAACUGUCAAGAUAUUGAUGAGUGUGUUACAGAAACACAUAGUUGCUCAUACAAUGAGACCUGCUUUAAUAUUCAGGGUGGUUUUCGCUGCCUUUCCCUGGAAUGCCCAGAAAAUUAUCGCAAAUCUGGAGAUACAGUCAGACAUGAGAAGACAGAUACAGUUCGCUGCAUUAAGUCCUGCCGACCGAAUGACGUCAACUGCAUGUUAGAUCCCGUUCACACCAUUUCCCACACGGUCAUUUCAUUGCCCACAUUCAGGGAAUUCACAAGGCCUGAAGAGAUUAUUUUCCUUCGUGCCAUCACGCCAGCAUACCCAGGCAACCAGGCAGACAUCAUAUUUGACAUCACCGAAGGAAAUCUACGGGAUUCCUUUGACAUCAUCAAGCGCUACAUGGAUGGCAUCACUGUGGGUGUGGUUCGCCAGGUGAAACCCAUCAUUGGCCCUUUCCAUGCUACGUUGAAGCUGGAGAUGAACUACGUCAUCGGAGGGGUUGUCUCACACCGCAACGUUGUCAACGUGCACAUCUUCGUUUCGGAGUACUGGUUCUGAUUCACCUUGCCACCUGGGCGGAAGCAGGAGAGCUUCCAAGUGAAACUCUGCCACAAACUCAUAGAAAAGUUGUGCACACCUUUUGGGGUGGGGAGGAGCG